UAGAGGUAAACCUUAUGUGCUUGUAGUUAAAUGAGACAAACAGAAACGUGUGUCUCCUGAAGCAGUGGUCACAGUUUUUCCGUCUUUGUGCUCUGGAGCUUUACUCCUGGUCUUGACUCUAUUGAUCUUAACGGAAAUGAAUCAUCGCUGAAAUGAAGUUGACGAAAUGUGAGCACGACCACGGGGGCUGUCAGUCUAUAUAAAGCCCGAAUUACGGGGCGAAAAAAAGCUUUCAGAGUUUCUCUAAACACGCAGUGAAGUGUUUCUGUCCCUCAGUGUUUCAAGCAUGGGCAAGUGUGAUGAGCGUGCGUUGCUCUUGCUCGCCAUCUGCGUGCUCGCGGUUCACACACCAGCCGACGCCUGGUACAAACAAGCAGCCGGACCCAGUUACUAUUCAGUCGGUAGAGCAUCGGGUCUGCUGUCGGGAAUCCGGAGAUCAGCGAUCAGAAGGGACCAGGCGGACACACUGGACAGCAGCGACAACAACGCGGUCUUACCGUCAGACUCGCGCAGCUUCCCUGCCAAAAAUCUGCCCAUUUGUAUCAAGAAUGUUUUGCCGGAGCUUCAGAGCUGCGAACUGAUGCGGGACUCGUCUUUCCGGUGUGAGGCGACAGUCAUCCUCAGCCUCGACUCCUCAGCUGACUGUCUGAACGCAUGAGAUGAUCAUCUGUGUUUCUGGAGUGAACAAGAUACAAGCACAAACAAAAUGCAUACUGUCUGUGUGUGUCC